AUGUCUCGAUCGAAGACAUGGAAGAAGCGCACUAUGCUGGUCGUUGCGUUUCUCCACGCCCUGCAACAAGUUCAAGCAGGAACGUCAACACCUCUGGUCAUCUCUUGCACCCCGCAAAGAUUUAUCUCAAUUGGCGGCGAGGGGGCCUGUGCUGCCGUCAGCACCGGGGCUGUCGUCACAGGGGGCGACGAAUUGAACGGUGGUGACUCAAGUUCCGUGGCUCGCCAGCUGAACUCCAAUGUUCAGACCAUCUACUCCACAUGUGGGGCCUUCGCUGCCGUCAAAGCGGAUGGGAGUGUCGUCACAUGGGGCCAUGCUCUUGUAGGCGGUGACUCAAGUUCCGUGGCUAGCCAGCUGAACUCCAAUGUUCAGACCAUCUACUCCAACCCGAUCUCCGGUGUUCAGACCAUCUGCUCCACAGAGCGGGCCUUCGCUGCCGUCAAAGCGGAUGGGAGUGUCGUCACAUGGGGCGAUGCGUUGUACGGCGGUGACUCAAGUUCCGUGGCUGGCCAACUCAGUCAUGGUGUUGAAACCAUCUACUCCACCCUGAUAUUUGAAGAAAUGGGGUAUGCGGCCUUCGCUGCCGUCAAAGCGGAUGGGAGUGUCGUCACAUGGGGCCAUGCUCUUGUAGGCGGUGACUCAAGUUCCGUGGCUAGCCAGCUGAACUCCAAUGUUCAGACCAUCUACUCCACAGGUGGGGCCUUCGCUGCCGUCAAAGCGGAUGGGAGUGUCGUCACAUGGGGCCUUAGCAAGGCAGGCGGUGACUCAAGUUCCGUGGCCAGCCAGCUGAACUCCGGCGUUCAGACCAUCUACUCCACCGAUCGGGCCUUUGCUGCCAUCAAAGCGGAUGGGAGUGUCGUCACAUGGGGCGGUGCGUUGUCCGUCGGUGACUCAAGUUCCGUGGCUAGCCUGAACUCCGGCGUUCGGACCAUCUACUCCACAGGUGGGGCCUUCGCUGCCGUCAAAGCGGAUGGGAGUGUCGUCACAUGGGGCGAUGCGUUGUACGGCGGUGACUCAAGUUCCGUGGCUGGCCAACUCGCUCAUGGUGUUGAAACCAUCUCCUCCACAAAGUUUUUCUUCGCUGCCGUCUUGUUGGAUGGGGGUUUGGUCGCAUGGGGAAGGUACCCGCAAGGCUUGGAGGAUUUGGAUGUCGGUCCGACCAUCACCAGCACCUCGACCAUUUCCUCCUCAACAACCACCUCCACUACAUUCUCCUCCUCAACGUCCUGCUCUUCUACAUCCUCCACAUCCUCCAGCUCUAGCACAUCAAUGACAAGCACAGCAGGUAGCCAGGAAUUGUCCGGCUCGUUUCUCGUAGAUCUUCCUGAGGCAAACAUCGAGCAACUACAGGCUGCAGCGAAAGCAGCGCUGCUGCAAACUGUAGUAGGAAUCAGGGAUGCUGCUGUGGAGAUUGCAGUUCAAGUGGAAGCGCGACGACUUCAAACUUCUAGAAGAUGGCGGGUCGACUUCACUAUAGUGCUGCUUGUGCAGAAGGUAGAGAGUGCCCUGACCUUCAUCAGCGGCAUCAGUCUCAAUGCAGAUUUUCGGUCAGUGCUUGCAAACGAGCUUGUCCGAGCUGGGGUGGACAUCGCUUCCACCAAUGCGAUGACAGUCAGCGCUAUCAGCGCUACAGCCCAGACUACCUUGGCGAGUCUUCCGGCGGAGGCCAUCAUCGGUGCAUGCGUAGCUGGGGCCGUGCUACUUCUAUGCUGCGCUGUGAUCGUGAUCUUCAACAGCCUUCGAUGCCUCAGAGCCGAACGGGUGGCAAAGCUUGCAGAAGAGCAGUUCCGCGAGGAGAACCCCAUGUAUCGCUGGGCAAUGAUUUCCGCGCGCUUUGAUGGGGGAGAAUUGGACCAGAAAUUCAGACGAGUUCACAUGAUACUCAAAGAAAAGAAAUGUAACAUCCUGAUGGUUUCAGUGGAGUCUGGAGAUGAUUUCGGGCUUCUUACCAUGCAGUACUUGAACAAGAUCCGCGAGACGCAAGGCAUCAUUCUUGCUGUUUGCACGAGGAAUUACGGCGAGAAGACGGCGUCCCCCUACAGCAGCCACGAAGAGCUCGUCUACGCGCAUGACCACAAGUUGCAGGUCAUGCCCCUGAAGGUGGAGGACACAUACCCCCCAGAGCCUCCGUGUGGGCCUGGUCACCCAUACGACAAGAAGCGGGUUGCCAUGGGUCUCAUUGGCAUGAUCUUCAAGAGCAGCGUACUUUUCGAAGACUGUACCAAUAAAACUGCCGAGGCAAUUUCGGAAAGUCUGGAGAAGCGGCUGCGGUCAAAUGUUCGACAGGACAUGGCGGAGAAGCGAGCAAGGGAGCUUGCAGAUGAGCAGUUCCGCGAGGAGAACCCCAUGUAUCGCUGGGCAAUGAUUUCCGCGCGCUUUGAUGGGGGAAAAUUGGAACAGAAAUUCAGACGAGUUCACAUGAUACUCAAAGAAAAGAAAUGUAACAUCCUGAUGGUUUCAGUGGAGUCUGGAGAUGAUUUCGGGCUUCUUACCAUGCAGUACUUGAACAAGAUCCGCGAGACGCAAGGCAUCAUUCUUGCUGUUUGCACGAGGAAUUACGGCGAGAAGACGGCGUCCCCCUACAGCAGCCACGAAGAGCUCGUCUACGCGCAUGACCACAAGUUGCAGGUCAUGCCCCUGAAGGUGGAGGACACAUACCCCCCAGAGCCUCCGUGUGGGCCAAAUCACAUGUUUGACCGUGUCGGAAUUGCUAGAGGCUUGAUCGGUAUGGUGCUUAAACCAAGCCUUGAACCUUUGGACUGUAUGGAGACAGGCGCAGAGAGGAUCGCUGACCAGCUUGAGAAACUAUUGCGGCGACAGGGUACCUCGUUUUCGAUUUAG